UUCAAAUAUGUUUAUUUGGCCCUCUACAGACACCGUGGCAUCGUUUCAUCUAAUUGACCCUCGUCAGACUCCGUCGCAAGCAGGAUUUAAAUGAUCCUUCUUUUAACCGAUCGGCCGAAUUUUACGUAUUUAUCGAAAGUUGUUUACAAGUAAAAUGAGCACGUUGCAUCAGUCUACAAUAUGGGAAAUAUCCGAUUCCGAUUCCGAAGGCGGCGUGGAAGCAAAAGGCUUUGUUCAAGGCGACAGAAGUGCGAAAGACGUUUUAGUCCCACCGCCACCCGAUGAAUACGGACGGCCGAGUCCGACGAGAAAACGCCGCUCUAAGGAGGAGAUCGAGGCGGACAAGCAGAAAGCGAGAGAGCGGAGGGAGGCUCGAGAGGAGAGCCGAGCUGCAAAGGAGCGAGAGAAGCAGGAGAAGAGGAAGGAGCUGCAGAGGAGGAAAGAAGCUGCACAACAUCUCAACAGUCUCAAGCCAGAAAACUUCCUCAAGACUUUGACUGUCUGCAUUGAUCCAGCUCUCCUGCAACAGCAGGGCUCGGACAUCUUGCUGGGCACUCUGUCUUCUUUUGACUGGAGGUACAGCAUCCAACCACAGGCGCUUCCCAACAGCAUCACAUGGACCAAGGAUUUACCUGAGCUGGCCGAGGAUGGCGCAGGACCGGUGGCAGAGGACCAGCUGGUGCAGGUGCUCGGUCCAUCGGAAUUCUUAGACACGGUCAUCUGUGUGAAAAAAAUGAUUGACAAUAAAGGGGAGGAGCCAGCGGCGGAUUCUGCUCACGGUCUUUUCAAGUUGGGCCGCAAUCGGGAUGCGGUGAAGGUGGCCACUGUCUUAGUAACAGAGUCCCAGCCAGAUUACAAGAAACAUGCUUAUGCAUUAGAUGAAACAAUCCAGUCCAAAUAUGGCGGCGAGAAUGUGGAUAUCGAGGAGGUUCUUGUGUAUCUGCAGCUGCAUAAAAACAUAGCCGUGCUCUUCGUGGACGGCUGGCAGGAAGUCACAGACCACGUGUGCGCCGUCACAAAGUCCUUGUCCAAACGCCCUUAUAAGCUGCUGACGGAGCAACCGGAGCAGCUGCCCUUCUGCGUGGACGGCUCGUGGGCCGGCGGGGUCCGGGUGGAGAAGGACGGCUCCGGGCUUAAACGAGUCUGGAGCAAGCAGAUCCAGCAGCUCAACAGAGUCAGUCAGGCCACCGCCUCCUGCGUGACCGCAGCCUACCCGUCACCUCAACUGCUGCUGCAGGCGUACGAGGCCUUGAGUUCAGAGGAGGACAAAAAGAAGCUGCUGGCCGAUCUGGUCGUGAAAGGCGAAGGCAGAGAAAGGCGGGUUGGACCGGACAUUUCCACCAGAGUUUACCGCUGCCUCACUGCUCAGAACCCUGAACUGGUCCUGGACUAACUUGAAACGGUCAAUAAAGAUUACCUCACGUUGAAAGUUCCAUCCAUCAUUUAUCAUGUGACGGUUGAUCGAUUGUGUCGAUAAGGUAAAAAUAUGCUUGUGGUAUUUCGGUAUGGUCCAAAUGACACUAGAUCAUGACAUAACGCAUUCAAUUUAGACUGCAUGAAUUUUUUCUUAAUAAUGAGUCUAUAAAAAAUAAAUAAUCAA